CGCGGUUUCUCUAUCACACCCCGUGGCAGUCGCUCGGCAGCCACCCUAUCUACCCGCUGAGCCUCGGACGCCGUCGCGCGCCACCGGGGCAUUCAGUCGGCAUCGCGUUCUACCCGCGUCCACCACGUCGAGGUCACCGCGUCGCGUCAUCCAUCACCGCUGGAGCACCGUAUCGUGACCCAGUCACCCUCGUGGCGCGCCACAUCUCGCUCGUCGAGGAUCACCCGAUUGCUGACCGAAUCAUCUGAAACGCACCAGAAUCACCCUCGAGGACACGGCCGGAACCGGCGGUCCCAAAGCCACCAGAGCCCAUCGUCCGCCUCGUCGUUCUCCGCAUUUGGACAACCGAAAUGUUUGCUCGAGUGCGGAUCGCAAAGGGGAAAAUGUUCGGCGGUUAGGCGGGGGUUGAAGAGAUGCGCGUGAAGCACCCUAUUUUCGACUCUCCAAGGUGACAAAUCGAGAAGAAAAAAAUACAAAUAUGCCGGUCGGUGGACGGGUCGCGGGUAAAGUUGGGAUCUAUAGCUCUCACUACAAUGGUAAUAUGGAUGUGGAUAUCGUUCCAUUAGGAAAGGGCUACAGUGGUAUAAACGAGGAGAUCAUUUGGAUCAGCAUAGGCAUGGGGAUCACCAUAGCGAUCUUGAUCACCAUAGCGCUGUGCUACAUCGCUCGUGAAAAGUGUCGUAAGCGGCACGAAGGUUACUACACGUCCUGACGUAUGUUUCCACCGCCCUCAUGGGCGUCCUGGUCAUUUAGCCCGACGACACCAGGAAUCCUUUUCAGUCCGACCACGUCAAGGGGUAAACCGCGGGCUUACUAUAUCACCGUCUGAAUUCUCUCAUGCCUUUCCGCAGGAAAAGCCUCGGAAGCUGCACGAAAAUUACGGAGCGGAAUAUGGAAUGAACGUAAAACUAAAAAAAAAAAAAAAAAGAAAAUGCAUGCUUUCCUUCACGUUAACGUGAUGUCGCGCACGGAAAACGGAUUUGCAUUGGGAAAAUUGAAAAUCCGGAGAUUAUGACAAAAAUCUCCGACUCCUCCACAAGGAAGUUGCUCGCAACAAAAAAAAGGAGGCAUUAAAAAGAUCGAGAGGAUUUUCUCAUUGAAACUGAAACUUGAAGAGGUCGAGAUAGAAAUGCAGAAGAGGAAAACUAUGUCACGCGCGCGUCAUUAAAUCAUAGAAGCACGACGGGAUAUUACGGUUUAUCUGAUCUGGCGAAAAGAUCGAUUUUAAAUUUCUUCGAAAUAUAAAGUUCGAACGUAUAAAGUUAUUUCACGUUUUAUCACCGGUAUAUAUACGCUCUUUGGAACACGUUUAGUAUCUCAUUCGCGGGGCGCGUUAUGGCGAUAUCACGCGUCACAGGAUUAUCGCUGUCGGGGGCUUUUCCUGAAAAGAAGAGAGAGAGCAACUUUCGCGCCAUUACGCACGUUGAAAAGGAAAGAGAGAAGAGUGGCAUUGCCUUAAAGGCUUAAAGACUAUGGAAACUCUUAUCUUAAAAUGGGGACGAGUAGUCCAGCAUAGAUUUAUAGUAGCGUCCCAUUGUGAUUAUCCGAGAUACACCACGAGUAGCUCUCCGACGUUCAACAAAUUGUGAUUUCUUCCAAACGCACCCGAGCUUGGUAUCUAGAUGGUAACAUAAUGUGUGUGUGUGUGUGUGUGUGUGGGGGGGGGGGGGGUGCGUGCGUAUGAGCGUGUAGUCAAUGGACCAUUAUUCUCAUUCGCGCCUCUACGUGUGUCCUCGGAAAGAGCUUUCCGGUGUUAAAACGUUUCUAAAAGGCGACACAACGAGAUGCCAGUGCUAGUUAAAGUGCACUGUACAGAUAAAGUAAAUGGCAAUUAGGGAGCGACUACUCAAUCACAUACAGAACAUAAGUAAAAUUUAUAGCACGCUUUCCAUCAUUCUAAUUUCUUUGAAAGAGGAAACAAAAUUGAGGUAAAUCGACUUUUAUUCGAAAGAAAGAUAUCGGUUUUCGAAUUUGAAUUAAAACGAUUGCUUGCAAUUAAAAUAGACAAGAGGACAAAAUAAAAGAAAAAAAUGUUAUUUUUCAUCAGACAUCAUGUCAUUUUCAAUUUUAAUUUUCAAGCUUCGAAGAGUAUUAUCGCAAUUUCAUAUAA